CAAUUACCGCUCCUUCCGUAGCAGAUUCGUAUUUUCGAAACAAGAAGUCAGUUGCAAUGCAAAACGCCGCGAUUGAUUUCAUUUCACAAAAAAUAUCCGUGCAGGCAGCGAACUUCAGAAAACCCCAUAGUUGAAAUUUCGGUGGCAGUUUUUUUCGUUCUCCUAACUCAUCUCAAACUACUCGAGAUCCACGUCACUUUAGAAGUCAGAAAAGAACCAGAUCCAUUUUUCAUCACUACCGAAAAAAAAAACAUUGCUGUUAAUAUUCAUUUCUUUUAAGUACAAUAUGUGGGGCAACUUCCAUUUGCCGUACAUCAAGAAAGAUUUCCGCGAGGAGCCCGGGAAGUACUACCGCGACUACACGCCCCCUCCGUCGCCGCAGCCGGACGUGUAUCCGCCGCCGUCCCCCAAGCGGGCGCUUGGUGUGGCGGAGGAGCAACAGGGGUGCCUGUGGUGCAAACUGCUCUUCGAGGUCUUCGGGUUCGGCCAGAAGGAGAUCGUGGUAUCAAAUGCAAAAAUGUCUGGGUCUGGAGACUUGUGAUGCUGAGUGGCGUAUCAGGAGGAGGCGACAAGUGCUGGCUCAGCAUGACAAUUUUCUGAGCUUCUAGGUGUUGCCUAUUCUGCAUGACAAACUGCGUUUCUGCAUGACAGAGCAAUUGGGCUCUUGGGUCACGUGCAUGACAGAUUUUAGAGUCAUCCCAGACAAGCAUGACAAACAUGCAUUCUUCCAGACCCAGACACUUCUGCAUUUGAUACGUGGUGGACCAGGACGAAUUCCGGGAGGAGGACGAGGGGACGGAAUGUAUGAAUUGCAAAUAUGUCCGGGUCUGGAAGGUUGGAACUUGUAAUGCUAGCUUCCCAUACCUAGAAAAUUUGUAUUGCGUAACCAACAAAAGUCGCAGCCUCUUUUGUACAUGCAAAAACGUAAUGUCUACUCAUGCGGCUUGCCCGUGAGAAUGCGUUCUGGAAAGUUGUCAUACUGGGCUGCAGUCGGAACUCUUUCCAUCAUCCACAUUCUAGCAUGACAAGUUUCAAGACCCAAACAUUUUUGCAUUUGAUAGAAUGGAAUCACACGCUAAACUGUCGAGCAGAAAGCGUGGCGCGCGUGCGCGGCGAACUGGAAAAGAAGAAACGGGCGGAAGCGGGUGCUGCGACGACCAAAGAAGAAAAGGAGGAGGAGUCUUCGUCUAGUAGUUCCAGCUGUGUGAUUGAGCAGUGAAUGUGAUGAUUCGUUGUACCUCUUGUGUGUCCACACUUUUUGAUGAAAGUGCUCGGCUAAGUUUAGUUGUAAGUACCUCUCGGCGAGUAGAGUUGCUCCAAAAUCACGACCUAUAGUUUCUUGUCAAUACUAAACAUCAAACUUAUUGAGCUCAACUGGAGUAUUUAGUACGACAAAAUCACGCUCGCUUUGCACAAAGAAAAGGCUUUUCUCCUUGUAGCCUCGCUUUGUUUUGAUGGAGCUUUUUUGUGUUUACAUUAUUCCGAGAACUUUUUUGUUUUUUUCGAAAUAGAAAUUUUCAAUGUUAAAAGAGAGCAUUCUACUUCAUCAAGAACUCGAAAUAUUUUCAUUAGAAUGAACUGAUACGAUUUUGUGUGCCUUCAGGUACAGUAAUUGUAGAAACCCUACUUGUGCCAGUAUUCCUUCAAGUUAUUGUACUGCCACUGGGUAUUUGAUUUUUGACUUGCUAAUAUCGGUUUUUGCCGGCUUGCUGAGCUACGAUCCUCUCUUGUAGAAAAAACUGUGGUCCGUUAUUUUCCUCUAGUCUAAUCCGUUUCGAAAUGUUCUACUGCUAAUGGCGUCCGGUCUACUUCCCGGAUAGGGACGCUUUCAGGAUGAUGGUCUAUGUUUCAAUAGGAUAAGGAUUGCAAAUGAACUUAUUUUAUCGCUAGUACACCCGGCUUCUACGAAACAACAAAGGAGCUUUAUUUUUAAAUCUCGAU